UCAUUGCAAUAGUAUAAAGUCUGACAAAUAGCUAACCAAGUACUUAGUAUGAGUGUAAUCGUAUAUAGUGAGACUGCCAUAAGAAAAAAUCGCUAGGUACUGGUUUUUCUUAACAACAACAUAAUUGAAGUACUUAUGUAUAAUAUGUACUUACAUAUUACAUUUUGAAUAUUGUGUCCUGAUUAGCAUACUUACCUUAAAUAUGAGUUCGAAUACCAGGGAGUGUACAUCGGUAGCAGGUUUUUUUGAGGGAAAAUCUGUUUUUAUUACUGGAGUAACAGGAUUUCUCGGAAAGGCACUCUUGGAAAAGCUGCUAUACACCUGCAAUGGCAUUGAUAAGAUCUACGUUUUGUUACGCCCUAAAAAAGGACUCAGUCCAGCCGAAAGAGUACAGAACAUCAGUAAUAGCUUAGUAUUUCAAAGGUUAAAGAGCAACAGACCAGAAGAUCUAAACAAAAUCAUCCCCGUGACGGGAGACCUAAGUGCACCCGGCUUAGGUCUCAGCGCGAAAGACGAAGAGGCUUUGCUCAAUAACGUGUCGGUGGUAUUCCACUCCGCAGCCACGGUGAAAUUGAACGAGCCACUCCGAGUCGCUGUGGCCAUCAACCUGGAGGGCACCAUCAAAGUGCUGGCACUGUGCAAACGCAUGCAAAACAUACGUGCAUUUGUCUACGUCUCCACAGCCUACACCAACACGGAUCAGCAAGUGGUGGAGGAGAGGGUUUACCCCCCUCCAGCGAGUAUCGACGCGGUCUACAAGUUCCUCAGAGAGCACGGCGACGACGAGGAAGCAACCAAGAGAUUUCUGAAUGGACGGCCAAACGCCUACUGUUUCAGCAAAUCCCUAGCUGAAGCGUACCUGGUGGAACACCACGGAGAUGUGCCCAUAGUCAUUUUGAGGCCGUCUAUUGUAGUAGCAGCGCGUAGUGAACCGUUGGCAGGUUGGGUGGACGCGUGGCAAGGCAACACCAUAGCCCUGGCUAACACGGCGAGAGGCUUUCUACGGGUCGUUAUUUGUGACGCGAAAGUAGUUGCUGAUCUGAUUCCGCUGGAUUACGUGGUCAAUAUGGCUAUCGUGUCCGCCGUUCACUCUAAACAAGGCGAGGUGUUGGUCUACAAUUGCUGUACAAGCGAAGUCAACCCAAUCACAUGGAGAACGAUGUUUGAAUUAUUUCUCAAGGCGAGCAAGGCAGAUAAUUUUCAUAAGGUGCCUUUCCCGGGAGCAGUGAUGACCAGAUCCCCUAUAAAGUUUGCGGUAGGCAGUUUCUGCCUUCAGACUGUCCCAGCUUAUGUUUUGGACGCGUGGCGAAUGGUCAAAAGGAAACGGAACAAGUACAUUCGGCUCAACAAACAGAUGUAUAUCCUCCGGGAUUUCACCGCGUUCUUCACAACGCAUCGCUGGGUGAUGCGGAGCGGCGGCGCGUGCGCGCUGGCGGAGGCGCUGAGCGACGCCGACGCGCGCCUCUUCCCCUGCCACCCCGCGCAUGUGCACUGGCCCUCCUACAUGCCCGUCUACUACAGGGGCGUCAAAGAGUUUUUAUGUGGUGGCAAAAAUUAACGUGUUUGCUAGGAUGUUUGAGCUGAUCAAAGUUGAAUUACUGAUAAUUUAUUUAAAAACCGAUAUAAAUGUCAUAUAUAAAGGAACAAGGGAUCAAGGCCUCCAGUGCCCAGUGCUGAGAUUAAACCAACGUCCUCUGCAAUUGCAGCAGAUCCCUAAGCGCCUCGGCCACCCGGGUCACGGCGAUAUAGGUCUAUUUUUUUAAGUACAUAUAUGCAAUUUCUUCAUCUUGAGGGCUUGUGGCGCUCCCUGGCGAUAGCCAUGACCUUAGUAUGCCUAAGGUAAGUAGUAUGGUUCGACCUCCUAGAACCGAAUAAAUCAGGUGAUUUUUAUGAAAUAAAGUAUAUUGUAUUUGUAAUUGUAAAAUGUAUUAAAACAGACCAAAGUUAUGUG